AUGCUCAACAAUGUCCUUCCCCCUCUGGUAGACAAUGUGAAGCAGAGCUUUGUUGCUGUAUUUGCAGACACCAAUUCACCUACCCCAGACAUUCUGCACAGGGUCAAGCCCUUGAAGGCAUCUGCCUGCAAUAAGUUUUCCCAGCAGGGGGGGCUAUUUGAUCAGAGGCCAACUUUUGCAAUUUCUUCCCCUGUGCAGGGGAUGUUGGAACUGUUUUCCCCUGCAUUCAAGUGGAGCAUGUCCAGUACAAAGAUGCACAAUCAUCUGCAGAGUCCAACAUAA